ACAAAAAACUUAACUUCUCCACCAGUCCGUUAUGAUGCACUGCACGUUCCGUACGAGCAGGAACCUAGUGUGCUGAGCACACAGUAACGAAAGCCUGCCCCUGCUUCCCACUUCCCUAUGAAAGGACGGAAUAACGGUGCUCUUUAAACGUGAGUGGACCCAGCGACGAGCCCGAGCGGGUCUGCUGCCAGGAGCGCGGCCCGCCGCAGGACUGCGGCUCUGACGGCCCGGCUUCUCCGGCCGGAGGCUUGUCGGCAGCGCGCCGAGCCGCAGGCGGAAGCUCCACGUGUUUGUGUUGAGCAACUCGGGGCGGGGUUGGCGGCGCCUCCACCUGCGGCUUCCCCGGUCCCCGUGGGCUCCCCAAGCCCCGCCGGAGGACGGCAUGGCAUCUCCCGGGGCCCCGGAGCAGCAGCCCGAGUUACCCGAGCGCAACUGUGGCUACUGCGAGGUCCAGUACUGGGACCGGCGCUACCGAGGCGCGGCCGACGCUGCCCCCUACGAGUGGUUCGGAGACUUCUCCUCCUUCCGCGCCCUGCUAGAGCCGGAGCUGCGGCCCGAGGACCGUAUCCUCGUGCUAGGUUGCGGGAACAGCGCCCUGAGCUACGAGCUAUUCCUUGGAGGCUUCCCUGAUGUGACCAGCAUCGACUACUCAUCAGUUGUGGUAGCCGCCAUGCAAACCCGCUAUGCCCAUGUGCCCAGUCUGCGCUGGGAGACCAUGGAUGUGCGGGCACUGGACUUCUCCAGCGCCUCCUUCGAUGUGGUACUUGAGAAGGGCACUCUGGAUGCCCUGCUGGCUGGAGAACACGAUCCCUGGACUAUCUCCUCUGAAGGUGUCCAAACUGUGGACCAGGUGCUGAGUGAGAUGGUGGAGUACAAGCGGGCCACGCUGCGGGAUGAAGACGCACCCGAGACCCCCGUAGAGGGCGGGGCCUCCCCGGACGCCGUGGAGGUGGGGUUCCGGAAGGCAACAAGACCACUCCUGGGCUCCCGCACACAGCUGGAGCUGUCACUGGCUGGGAUCUCGCUGCUGCUGGCUGCACUGCUCGUGGGCUGCUUGGUGGCCCUAGGGGUUCAACACCAUAGAGAGCCGUCGCCUGGCACCUGUCUCACGGAGGCCUGCGUCCGCGUGGCUGGAAAGAUCCUGGAGUCCCUGGACCGCAGUGUGAGCCCCUGUGAUGACUUUUACCAGUUCUCCUGCGGUGGCUGGAUUCGAAGGAACCCCCUGCCUGAUGGGCGCUCCCGAUGGAAUACCUUCAACAGCCUCUGGGACCAGAACCAGGCCAUACUGAAGCACCUGCUUGAAAACACCACCUUCAACUCCAGCAGUGAAGCUGAGCGCAAGACACAGCGCUUCUACCUGUCCUGCCUACAGGUGGAGCGGAUAGAGGAGCUGGGAGCCCAGCCGCUGCGAGACCUCAUUGACAAAAUUGGUGGGUGGAACAUUACGGGACCCUGGGACCAGGACAACUUCAUGGAGGUGCUGAAGGCAGUAGCAGGGACCUACAGGGCCACCCCAUUUUUUACCGUCUAUGUCAGUGCCGACUCCAAGAGUUCCAACAGCAAUGUUAUUCAGGUGGACCAAUCUGGGCUCUUCCUGCCCUCUCGCGAUUACUACUUAAACAAAACUGCCAACGAGAAAGUGCUUACUGCCUACCUGGACUACAUGGAGGAGCUGGGGUUAUUGCUGGGUGGAAGGGCAGGCUCCACGCGGGAGCAGAUGCAGCAGGUGCUAGAACUGGAGAUGCAGCUGGCCAACAUCACAGUGCCCCAGGACCAGCGCCGUGACGAGGAGAAGAUCUAUCACAAGAUGAGCAUCAUGGAGCUGCAGGCUCUGGCGCCCUCCGUGGACUGGCUUGAGUUCCUGUCUUUCUUGCUGUCACCGCUGGAGUUGGGGGACUCAGAGCCGGUCGUAGUCUAUGGCACAGAUUAUUUGCAGCAGGUGUCAGAGCUCAUCAACCACACGCGACCAAGCGUGCUGAACAACUACCUGAUCUGGAACCUGGUGCAGAAGACAACCUCCAGCCUGGACCGGCGCUUUGAAUCUGCCCAGGAAAAGCUGUUAGAGACCCUCUACGGCACCAAGAAGUCCUGCCUGCCGAGGUGGCAGACCUGCAUUUCCAAUACGGACGACGCCCUGGGCUUUGCUUUGGGCUCUCUCUUUGUGAAGGCCACCUUUGACCGGCAAAGCAAGGAAAUUGCUGAGGGGAUGAUCAGUGAAAUCCGGACAGCCUUUGAGGAGGCCCUGGGGCAGCUGGUCUGGAUGGAUGAGAAGACCCGCCAGGCAGCCAAGGAGAAAGCAGACGCCAUCUAUGAUAUGAUUGGCUUCCCCGACUUCAUCCUGGAGCCCAAAGAGUUGGAUGACGUGUACGAUGGGUAUGAAGUAUCUGAAGAUUCCUUCUUCCAAAACAUGUUGAAUCUAUACAACUUCUCUGCGAAGGUGAUGGCUGACCAGCUGCGCAAGCCUCCUAGCCGAGACCAGUGGAGUAUGACCCCACAGACUGUGAACGCCUACUACCUGCCAACCAAAAAUGAAAUUGUCUUCCCCGCUGGUAUCCUGCAGGCCCCCUUCUAUGCCCGCAACCAUCCCAAGGCCCUGAACUUCGGUGGCAUCGGUGUGGUAAUGGGCCACGAGUUGACACAUGCCUUUGAUGACCAAGGGCGCGAGUAUGACAAGGAGGGGAACCUGCGGCCCUGGUGGCAGAACGCGUCGCUGGCCACCUUCCGGAACCACACAGCCUGCAUGGAGGAGCAGUACAACCAGUACCAGGUCAACGGCGAGCGGCUCAACGGCCGCCAGACACUGGGGGAGAAUAUCGCCGAUAACGGGGGGCUCAAGGCUGCCUACAAUGCUUACAAGGCAUGGCUGAGAAAGCAUGGUGAGGAGCAGUGGCUGCCAGCCGUGGAACUCAACAACCACCAGCUCUUCUUUGUGGGAUUUGCCCAGGUGUGGUGCUCCGUCCGCACGCCAGAGAGCUCUCACGAGGGGCUGGUGACCGACCCGCACAGCCCCGCCCGCUUCCGCGUGCUGGGUACUCUCUCCAACUCCCGUGACUUCCUACGGCACUUCGGCUGCCCUGUUGGCUCCCCCAUGAACCCAGGGCAGCUGUGUGAGGUCUGGUAGGCCUGGGUGGGGGUUGGGGGUGGGGAGUAGCUUGGAGCAGUAUGCCUGGUGAAGCUGUGACCUCCUGGCUCAGGAGGAAACCCAGGCAACGCCUGGCUGGGUUCAGUACCUACCCUUGACCGACCAUCACGUUGUGCCUCUGCCCUGGGGGUGCCCCUGCCUCCAGCAGAGCCCCCACCAUUCACUGUGACACCCUUCGGUAUCCCUCUUGCCUGGGAGAGGUCUGGGUCAGGGGUGCUGCCCCUCAUAGGAAGGAGUUGGCCUCAUCUGGCCCCGGGGCUUGCUCAGCUUGGCAGCCCAGGGGAUCGCUGUGCCUGCCCCACUCGAAGCAGGCAAAGCUAGGGAGGUGUGGCAGAGAGUGGGAAAGAGGCUUGUUCCCUCAUCCUUACCAAGGCUCACCCAGUGCUUAAUUGUGAGUGGACUCAGCCCCGUCCUUGGUGGGGGGGCAACC